AUGAGCUUACUAAGAGUAAUAAGCCUCAACAUUCUCGGCUUUAUACUAGUUUCGUCAGUCACUGCUCACAAAGCCUGUUCUAAAAAUGCCAACUUGUGGAAAAGCAUACAAUAUCAGCUUAAGUUAGUUGAGAAUACAGAAGUGCGAUGUGAUUGUGAUGCAAAAGAAUCAAAUAGUCGUAAAACGGUCGGAUUUCUGGCUAAAUUAUCAAAAAAUUCUAUUAGUAAUACUAAAGAUAAAUUCACAGUGAUAUUUGAUGCAAUAGUCAUCAACACUGGUUCUGGAUACGAUGCUUCCACUGGACAGUUUGUUGCACCUUACGAAGGUCUAUACUAUUUUUCCUGGACAAUAAUUACAUACAAUUCGAAAUAUUUCCCAACACUUUUACUGCAUAAUGACAACAUGAUUGCUGGUAACUAUCCGGAUGGAAGAGGAUUAUCUUCUUCAAGUCACGUGUCUGCGACCCAAAGUGUUUUGCUACAUCUUGCAGCCAAAGACAAGAUACACAUCAUAACUAAUACCGGUAUUUCCAAAUGGGCGCAUAUGUAUGGUGGUGUAUGGUCGACUUUCAGUGGUUUUAAAAUUUAA